AUGGCACAGUUAGCAUCUGGGAUAAGUGCACUGGCCGUCGGCUUCGAUAAGCAAUAUGAAAUAACGAAAUCGAAUUCUACAGACGAAACACGAGCUGAUUUGGAAAGAUGCUGUGCUCCACUAAAAAUAAUCGCAGAUGUUUUUCACGCGAUUUCUCUUCAUCGUCGUUAUUCCAUUCUACCAUUUUUGGAUGGCAACGUUCGCAAAUUUUCUGAUACUUGCCCAAUUGAUGAAUUUUUAUUUGGAAAAACAUUCCCGGACCAAUGGAAAUCCGCAAGUGAAGCUCAACGAUUAGGCUUUUCAAUCAAGAAGAAGGAAAAAGCUCUAGGAUCAGCAUCUUCCAAACCAGUCGUCUAUAAGAAAUUGGAGCCCAAGCCAGGUCCGUCGAGGGUCCCGUCGUCUUUAAACUCCCGGCGCCAGCAACACAAAUCUCGCAUGAAAAAGGAGGAGGAGAGGUUUCGUUCAGCAAGGUCAUACCGGAAGCAGUAG